AUGGCAUGUCAUCACUGUGCGUCCGCUGAACGGUCCCCGCCUAAAGCAACACCGGAAUCUUGGCCGUCAACUACUGGUCGAUGGCAACGUGUUAGUGCAGAUUAUACGGGUCCGAUAGACGUGGUCGUCGACGCAUAUAGCAAAUGGCAGGAAGUCUUCGCAAAUCGGCGAAUCAUGACGGCAGCAACCAUCAACUUAUUUCGUUCGGUCUUCGCCAACAAGGGAAUGCCUGAGCUCCUCGUCACAGCCGCGAAACACAGUUCAAAAUCAAACGGCCAGGCCGAAUGGUUUGUUGAUACAUUCAAACGAGCGGUCAAAAAGAUUAAAGAGAGAGAGAGAGAAUACAAUCGAUCAAGAAACGUUGGACGUAUUUCUACUUACCUAUCUAACUACGCCCAACCCAAAUGUACCAAACGGGAAAACGCCGGCCGAAACCGCAUAGCAGUCAUGUAUCAACAGCUAGUCAACCGAGCUCGUUCCAACCGAAUGCAGAUCUACGCAAACAACAAGUGGACUCGACAAUCAGGAGUUAUUGUCGAAAAAAUCGGUCAAGUGAUGUACAACGUAAUGGUGAACAACAAGAAGCUGAUUCGGUCCCACAUCAACCAGUUGAGGUUACCGAUCGACAUCCUGCUGAACGAAUGGAAACAGUAUAAUCAUUCAACGUUAACUGAAUCGUCUUCAGAUGAAUACUUGCCCGAAGAUAGGAAUUCUGCCACAUUAAAGUCAAUGGGAAGUCAGCCUUUGGCCUCCCAAUCAUCAGACAGAUCUAUUUCAACAUCAUCCGAAGCAACCGAAGAACGCCACGAUGGUUUCAGGCAUACCACAGAUAUUAAGGAGGGAGAUGUUGGGGACACUGGUAAUCCUAAACGUAAAUUGCCACAGGGCUCAUCAGUGGCAAGCAAAUGUCACUCGGAUCCACGUCACUAG